AUGACGGUGAAACCCUUGGCUGUGUGGCUGCUGCUGCUGGGGACGGUGGCGCCGCCGGGCUGCUGUCAGCACUGGUCGUUCGGUCUGAGCCCAGGAGGGAAGAGAGAACUGGACAGCUUUCCAAACACACUGCAAAAUGUAGUUGAAGGGUUUGCACACAUGGAUGCACCUUGCAGACUUCAGGGUGAAGAGGAAUCCCCUUUUGUGAAAUUAUUCAGAAUGAAGGGGCUUCUUGGGAGUGCAACCAACGGAGAAAAUGGACAUCGAGGAUAUAAAAAAUAA